UCGAUUUAAUGGCAGUUUAUAUUAUUAAACAAUUAUUUGUUUUUAUUUUUUUAAACUGUCAAUAGGUAUGUCUAGAGUUAGGUAUUUCGUAUUGAAUUGACUCGACUAUAGGAGUUACUAUAAGGACUUAAGGAGUACUAAGUAGAAAGUAAAAUAGUGAAACUGUAAAAUCCCUUUGGGCGUAAAACGAGAAAACGAAAAACCCAAAAAAUGAAAUUAUGUCAUUCAUCCAAUAAAUUACAAAUUUAAAAUAAAUAAGAUUUCUAGACACCUUCUUUCUAGUUCACCUGCCCCAAAUAUUAAUAAUUUGAAGCAAUGGAGUUAGAGCAGAAGAAAAAAAAUAUAAUGUUCUAUGAGACAUGUAGACUGUGUUUAGACGAACACGGGCACUGUGAUAUAUUCGAGAGAGAUGGUUUGUCAGAGGACAUUCACAGGUGUAUUGGAGUAAAGGUUAAACUCUCAGAUAAUUUGCCACAAAGAAUAUGUAAAACCUGUUUAGAUAUUGUAGAGAAAGCAACAAAGCUCAGUGUAACUGCAAAAAAAAAUGAACAUCAUCUCAAGAUUCUAUUCUGUGAUGAAGAGCAAGAACCAAAGGACACCGGUCAGGAACCAAUAGAAAACGUAACCAGUACACAUUUUGGAGAAGAAAAUUCUUGCUACGAGAAACACUCUGCCAUUGAAAAUUUCUUAAAAGUAAGAAUGGACCUGUUUGAUUCUUCAGUGGCUGAGGAUACAUUAAUGACCAGUAAAGGAGAUUGUAAUCAACCUGACAGCUCACAGAAAUCAGAUAAAUCAAAGAAGCCCGAUAGAAGCUCUGAAAAUAUAUGCAGUAUAUGUUCAAAGAAGUUCGACACGUAUAGGAAGAUGUACCAUCACUCUAGGCUCCACAACAAGAACUACGUGUGCCCACUAGACGCAUGCGGCAAGAGGUUCUCCACCAAAGGAGAUAUUGCGAAACACUUGCGAACACACACCGGCGAGAAACCGUUCCAUUGCGAUUUGUGCGACAAGAGCUUUGCUCAAAGGGUAACGCUUCGAAGUCAUAAGGAAAGUUUACACAAUGGGUCAUGACCAUUGCGCUGGGCUGGGAAUACUGUUUACAGUAUCUCAUGAUCAAAACUUUGAGUUCAGAAUCUAGAAAUCUGUAAGAUACUAGCGGACUCCGGAUCUGUCGGGCUAAUUUGUGAAUCUAAACCAUCCAGGGUGCCACCAAAA